AUGGCGACCACAAUUGCAGAGCUGGUAUUCAUCCCUGCACCUGGGCUUGGUCAUAUCAUGUCCACCAUCGAGAUCGCAAAACUACUCGUCAGUCGAGCUCACCACCUAUCUAUCACUGUGCUUGUAAUAAAGCCGCUUCCUAAUCCUACCUUCGGUUCUGGCUCAGCUAUCACCACAUACAUAGAUUCGUUAUCUAAAAGCACCAUGGAUCGCAUAUCCUUCAUUCAACUCCAUCAAGACGAAACCCCACCAGUUAUGGACUCCAAAGCUCCGGUGGCUUCCACUCAAGUAUUUAUCAAUAGUCAUUGCAAAUACGUAAGAGACGUUGUGGCCGAUAUGAUAAAUAAACCCGGUUCACGACGGAUCGCAGGGUUCGUCGUUGAUAUGUUUUGCACUGCGAUGAUAGAUGUCGCUAAUGAGUUUAAUAUUCCCACCUAUGUGUUCUUCACUUCUAAUGCUGGUUUUCUUGGAUUUAUGUUCUAUAUCCAGACACUUUGUGAUGAUCAUAAGCAAGACAUUCUUGAAUUAAGCUGCAGCUCAGAUGCCAUGAUAUCAAUUCCGAGUUUUGUCAAACCGGUGCCCACGAAGGUCUUUCCAGCCACGAUCCAGUCUAGAGAAGGGCUGGAGAUUUUUCUGUGGUCUGCUCGGAAACUUAGACAAGCGAAAGCAAUCAUGGUUAAUACAUUCAUGGAAUUGGAAACUCACGCUAUCAAGUCAUUAAUGGAAGACAUCACCAUUCCACCGGUAUAUGCAGUGGGCCCCAUACUCAACCUAGAAGGUGCUGCCGGAAACAUGUCGGAGAAUGAUGUCAUUAGGUGGUUGGACAGUCAACCGCCUUCUUCCGUGGUGUUCUUGUGUUUCGGGAGUAUGGGAAGUUUUGAGGAGGUCCAAGUAAAGGAGAUAGCACAUGCUUUAGAGCGGAGUGGCUACCGUUUUGUUUGGUCCCUCCGUCGUCCUCCGUCAGAUCAAACAACAAGAGCCCCAACUGAUUAUGAGGAUCCAUCAACCAUAUUGCCGGAAGGAUUCCUGGAACGCACUGCCGGAAUCGGAAAAGUGACAGGGUGGGUCCCACAGGUAGCUUUGUUGGCUCAUCAUGCAGUAAGGGGGUUCGUAUCUCAUUGUGGGUGGAACUCUUUGUUGGAGAGUUUGUGGUUCGGUGUACCGUCGGCGACAUGGCCGAUCUACGCCGAGCAGCAGAUUAAUGCGUUUGAAAUGGUGGUGGAGCUUGGAUUGGCGGUGGAGAUAAAACUGGAUUAUAAAAAGGAUAUGUUUAAUCACGAGGUGGAUGAGGUGAUAGUCAUGGCGGAGGAGAUAGAAAGAGGAAUGGUGGAUGAGGUGAUAGUCAUGGCGGAGGAGAUAGAAAGAGGAAUAAGACGAGUGAUGGAGGAUAACGACGUUAGAACCAAGGUGAAAGAGAUGAGCGAGAAGAGCAGAGCGGCCGUGAUAAACGGUGGUUCUUCGUAUGCAUCUGUUGACUAUCUUAUUCAAGACUUUGUAAGAAACAUCUUCUGA